AUGUGCUAUAUGUGGCAACAAAUUCGGCAAGGUGUCAGAUGGAACCCCUCAGAACGUUUCGCGUUGGCAUGUCGUGGCUUGGAUUUGAAGAAAGUUAAAUCGGUGGAAAUAGCCUUCGACCCCUGCCAUCCUGAUACGAGCGCACUGAGGAAAUUUUGGGAGGCCAUCUCAGCCCCGAAAGUAAAGUUGACGAACCCAGCAGUCAGGAUAAAAGCGGACAUUCGUAACGAUCGGGUUCCGCCCCAUUUCGUAGCAACAUUAGCUGAUGGCAAGAAGUUGCGGUUUGAAACCGAGAACAUGCAUCCCUCAGACCUGAUCAUGCGGUUCAACAAGCUCCUCGACAAUCCAGAACUGGGAAAAUCCGGGACGCGGCCACGACCGAAAUUG